AACAAACAGUCUCUUUGGGUCAGAAAUGUAGUUUUGAGGCGUAUCAGCCAAACGUAAACAGAUUAGUUUUAUAGGACACAUACUAAGUAAGAAAAUCAGGUCGUGUACAACUACUAGUUACUUGUGGUUACUGUAGUUACGACGUGUUUGUUGAUACCGACCGAUGACGUUUUCUUCGUCGACUUUUGAUGACGUUUUUAUGUAACAUCGCAUUACAUUACGACAAUUCAAAGCGACAGAGCAAUAUUUCGGCGCCCGGUUUAACUUGAGUAAACUGAUGAGAGCCGUGAAUUAACAGCACCACCAGCCAGUGGGUGCAUAUUUUCUGAUCGCUGAUCUUCAGUGAUGGAGUACGGAAAGGAGAGAGUGGUGGCGUUAGUAGAUAUGGACUGUUUCUACGUCCAGGUGGAACAGAGGCUCAAUCCAGCUCUGAGGAACACGUCCUGCGUGGUUGCCCAGUACAAGACAUGGAAAGGAGGCAGUAUCAUAGCUGUGAGCUACGAGGCCAGGGCCCAUGGUGUCACCAGGAACAUGUGGGUGGACGAUGCAAAGAUACUGAGCCCAGAUCUGCAGGUGGCACGAGUGCGUGAGUCUCAUGGCAAGGCAGACCUGACACAUUAUAGGGAGGCGAGUGUGGAGGUGAUUGAAGUAAUGUCUCGCUUCGCUGUAAUUGAGAGAGCCAGCAUUGACGAGGCCUACAUGGAUCUGACUGCUGCCGUACAGCAGCGGCUGAAAAACAUGACCGACAAACAAAUUGAUCCUCACCUGCUGAGGGCGACCUACAUUCAGGGGUACCCGCAACGUUUACCUGAACAGGAAGCAUCUGCAGAUGACGCUGCCUUGGAUAAAGAGGAGCAGAGGUCCAGAGGUCUGCAGCAGUGGCUGGCAUCCUUACCUGUCCCUCUAUUAGGGCAACAAAGCCCUGCAGAACUGCAGCUAACUGUCGGGGCUCUUAUUGUCGAGGAAAUGAGGGCAGCCGUGGAGAAAGACACAGGGUUCAGCUGUUCAGCAGGGAUAUCGCACAAUAAGGUGUUGGCCAAACUAGCUUGUGGUCUGAACAAACCUGACCGACAAACUGUUCUGCCUUUGGACUCUGUGACAGAACUUUUCAACUCUCUACCCAUCUGCAAGAUCCGUAACCUGGGGGGUAAGAUGGGUGCCUCCAUUACAGACACUCUGGGAAUAAAGAACAUGGGAGAUGUGACUCACUUCUCUCAGGCUCAACUGGGACAGCACUUUGGAGAAAAAACAGGCCAGUGGCUGUAUGACUUGUGUCGGGGGAUUGAGUUUGAAGCAGUGAAACCCAGACAGCUUCCUAAAUCCAUUGGUUGCAGUAAAGGCUUCCCUGGGAAAACAUCGCUGGCUACAAAAGAGCAGGUACAGUAUUGGCUUCAUCAACUGGCCCUUGAGCUGGAGGAAAGGCUCACCAAGGACAGAGAAGUGAAUGGUCGAGUGGCGAAGUUGUUGACGGUUGGUGUACGUCAGGUUGGGGAUAAGAGGGCGAGCAGCUUCUCUCGCUGUUGUGCUUUAGUGCGCUACGAAGCGACUAAACUGUCCGGUGACAGCUUCGCCAUUAUCAAGAGUCUCAACACAGCAGGAAACCAGCAGGCAGCAUGGACUCCACCCCUCUCCCUGCUACACCUCUCAGUUAGCAAAUUCAGCGAUGCUCCAUCAGCAGGGGGCAUUGCUGGAUUUCUUUCUAGUGAUGUCACUUCAACCCAGAGUCUUUUCUCUGCCUCUCAGCCCUCCACCCAGUCUCCCUCUGAACUGAAAAACAACUCCACAUGCAAACAACCUGGCACCAUCCAGUCCUUCUUUCAAAAGGCAGCUGAGAAACAAAGACAGAAGGUUACAAAAGAGGUAGACGAGGAGGAGGAUGACGACGAUGUAGGCUCCACAGGGAUUCUCCCAUCUUCCUCCUCUCACAAAACCCCCUAUAGUCGGUUAGAAGCAGAUACCAAUAGCCCCGUUUCUCACUCUAAAAAUGAUUCACCCAGCUCCCAAUCUGGCAUUUUCUCUUUCUUCCACAAGAAGAGUCUCGAGAGAAGCUCUCAGCCCCCGGCCCCAACGUUACACGAGCCUGAAAUGCGACAUGAGCCUGGACCUGCGGAGAAAAAAGACUCAGAAGACACUGUUGUGUCAGACACUCAGUCAAAACAGAGCUCAUCGCAGCAGUCACCAGGUGACGAGUUGAGGGAGGAACUGGACAUUGAUCCAGAUGUAAACCACCAUCCUUCCAGUGUGGCCAGAGAGGACCUGUUGAACUGUGAACGCUGUGGCCAGGAGGUGUCGGUCUGGGAAAUGCCCGAACACAACGACUAUCACUUUGCCUUGGACCUCCAGAAUUCACUGUCUUCAUCCACAGGUUCAGCAUCCACCUCUUCCUCCACUAUUGCUGUUUCUCCAACUCCUCUCAGAGCCCAGUCCACACGUGGCAAGACAAAAACCAGAGGCCAGUCAGGAUCACAACCGAAAAGGCAUCGCUCGGAAGGUGGAAGCGUGGGCACUCUGGAUUCUUUUUUCAAGAGGAACUGAAGAUGCGCUGUAGAGCUGCUUUUUAAAAAAAGUAAAUACAAUGACAAACUUAUCCAUCUAUCUAUCUAUCUCACAAACAUGUGCAAAGUCCAUGUAUUUGCUCAAAUAAUGGAAAGCCAUUUUGGAACAGGAUACUUGUUUGAAAUGAUCAAUGCUAUUGUGCUUUUAUAUUAUAAGAAUGUGUACAUAUUACAGAAAGUCUUACUUUAUGCCAUUUUAUUUCACAUGUGCUUUGUUAUUAUUCAUAAAAUAAAGUCACUACUUGAGGAACAGUUUUGUAAACCAGCUUAUUAAAGAUGGAGAGUUAGUGGGGUA